GAGACGCAUUUAUAUAAAAACCGACUUCGCUCGUCUUUGCUCAUUGUUCUUCACGUCUUCUUCUCUCUAAAAAAGUCUCGAUCUGCAGUUUUUUUUUUUUUUUUCCUUUUUCUCAAAUUUUUUUUUUCUAUCAAAGCCAGUCUAUCCAAACACCAGAACGUAAAGACUGAUAAUUUCGAGGAAUUGAAUCGCCAGUUAGAGCGAGAAGGGUGUGGAAUUUGGGGGAACUGGAGCCCUAAUUUUUUUUUUUUGUUUUUCUUUUUGCGGGGGAUUUUGGUGGUGUGGUUGGAGAUCUGUUAAAGGACGAGGGAAGCAUGUCGUCGCUGAGCAGAGAGUUGGUUUUUCUGAUACUUCAGUUUUUGGAUGAAGAGAAAUUCAAAGACACUGUUCAUAGGUUGGAGAAAGAAUCAGGGUUCUUCUUCAACAUGAGGUAUUUCGAGGAUUGUGUGGCUAAUGGUGAAUGGGAUGAGGUGGAGAAGUACCUAUCUGGGUUUACUAAGGUUGAUGAUAAUAGAUACUCGAUGAAGAUCUUCUUUGAGAUUCGAAAGCAAAAAUAUCUUGAGGCACUUGACAAGCAUGACAAUGCCAAAGCGGUUGAGAUUCUUGUGAAGGAUUUGAAAGUUUUUGCCACAUUUAACGAAGACCUUUUCAAGGAAAUUACCAUGCUUUUGACGUUGGCUAACUUCAGGGAGAACGAGCAGCUAUGCAAAUAUGGAGAGACCAAGCAUGCGAGGGCUAUAAUGCUUGGUGAACUUAAAAAGUUAAUCGAGGCUAAUCCGCUUUUCCGUGACAAACUUCAAUUUCCCAGCUUUAAGAACUCAAGGCUGAGGACGCUUAUUAAUCAGAGUUUGAAUUGGCAGCAUCAGCUUUGCAAGAACCCAAGGCCUAAUCCAGAUAUAAAAACUCUUUUUGUGGACCAUAGCUGUGGGCAGCCAAAUGGUGCUCGUGCUCCUUCUCCUGUUACAAACCCUUUGUUGGGCUCCAUUCCCAAAGUAGGUGGUUUCCCACCACUAGGUGCUCACGGUCCUUUUCAGCCUGCACCAGCAGCUAUUACGGCAUCUCUUGCUGGAUGGAUGGCCAACCCAUCGUCUGUGCCACACCAGUCAGUUCCUGUUGGGCCUAUUGGACUAACUGCUCCUGGUAACGCAGCUUCUAUGCUAAAGAGGCCUAACAAUCCAACAAUGGACUACCAAACUGCAGAUUCUGAACAUGCACUCAAGAGAUCAAGGCCUUUUGGGAUACCAGAAGAGGUCAAUAAUGUGCCUGUUCAAGUCUUGCCAGUCUCAUAUCCUGGCCAGAGCCAUCCCCUUGUGUUGCCCUUUUCUGAUGACUUGCCAAGGACUGUCAUUGCCAAUUUGAAUCAGGGUUCUGCUGUAAAGAGCCUGGAUUUUCAUCCAAUACAUCAAACUCUGCUGCUUGUUGGAACAAACAUGGGUGAUAUCACCAUUUGGGAGAUAGCAAGCAGGGAGAGGCUUGUCAUUCGGGAUUUCAAGAUUUGGGACCUUGGGGCAUGUACAGCAAUUCUGAAGGCAUCUAUGUCCAAUGAAUAUACUGCUUCUGUAAAUCGUGUUGUUUGGAGUCCUGAUGGUGCUCUUUUUGGUGUUGCAUAUUCCAAGCACAUCGUGCAGAUAUGUUCCUAUCAUGGUGGUGAUGAUCUAAGAAACCAUCUUGAGAUUGAUGCCCAUGUUGGUAAUGUUAAUGACAUUGCUUUCUCUCACCCAAGCAAACAAUUAUGCAUCAUAACUUGUGGAGAGGACAAGACCAUUAAGGUGUGGGAUGCUGUCACUGGUAAUAAGCUGUAUACUUUUGAAGGUCAUGAAGCUCCGGUUUAUUCUGUGUGCCCACAUCAGAAGGAAAACAUUCAGUUCAUCUUUUCAACAGCCACUGAUGGGAAAAUCAAGGCAUGGUUAUAUGAUAACAUGGGUUCUAGAGUCGAUUAUGAUGCUCCUGGUCACUCUUGCACAAAAAUGGCAUAUAGUGCUGAUGGGACAAGGCUUUUCUCUUGUGGAACAAGUAAAGAUGGGGAAUCAUUUAUUGUGGAGUGGAAUGAAAGUGAGGGAGCUGUCAAGCGAUCAUAUCAUGGUCUUGGAAAGCGGAGUAUGGGAGUCGUGCAGUUUGAUACUACCAAGAACCGAUUCUUGGCUGCUGGUGAUGAAUCUUUGGUCAAAUAUUGGGACAUGGACAACGUAAACCUGUUGGCUACUGUGGAUGCAGAGGGCGGAUUACCGGCCUCGCCUUGCAUACGAUUUAACAAAGACGGGAUACUGCUGGCUGUUUCAACGAGUGAGAAUGGUAUCAAAGUACUUGCAAAUGCUGAUGGUCUGCGGCUUUUGCAUUCCAUUGAAAUUCGUGCAGUCGAUGCCUCCAGGGGUUUUUCUGGGAUUGCUUCAAAGGGACCCAUUAUAGGCACAUUUGGUGCUUCAAGUUUAGCUGCUGGAACAAGCAAUGGGGUUGCUGAUAGAAGUGUACCAUUGACAGGAAUGGUUGGAUUGAAUGGAGAUAGCCGAAGUCUCACAGAUGUGAAACCAAGGAUCAAUGAUGAUUUGGACAAAUCAAAGAUUUGGAAGCUGACAGAAGUUAACGAACCAUCUCAACUUCGUUCACUACGGCUUCCUGAUAGUCUACUGCCAAAUAAGAUUGUUAGGUUGAUAUAUACAAAUGUGGGAGGAUCUAUACUGGCGUUAGCAUCUAAUGCUGUACACAAACUUUGGAAAUGGCAGAAAAAUGAGCAGACUGAACUGGCAAAGGCAACUACCACUGUGCCACCACGAUUAUGGCAACCUCCCAGUGGAAUAUUGAUGACCAAUGAUAUUAGUGAUGCAAAUGUUGAUGAUGCUGUUCCUUGCUUUGCUCUUUCAAAGAAUGAUUCUUAUGUUAUGUCAGCAUCAGGUGGAAAAAUUUCCCUUUUUAAUAUGAUGACAUUCAAGACGAUGACAACAUUUAUGCCCCCACCACCUGCAGCAACAUUUCUUGCUUUUCAUCCAAAGGAUAAUAACAUAAUUGCCAUAGGCAUGGAGGACUCUUCAAUUCAAAUCUACAAUGUCCGGAUUGAUGAGGUUAAAAGCAAGCUUAAAGGCCAUCAAAAAAGAAUCACUGGCUUAGCGUUCUCUAAUAUUUUGAACAUUCUGGUUUCCUCAGGCUCUGAUUCUCAGCUCUGCAUUUGGAGCAUGGAUGGGUGGGAAAAACAGGCAAGUAAGCACUUGCAAAUUCCGACCGGGCGGGUGCAUUCUCCUCUUGCUCAGACCCGUGUGCAAUUUCACCAAGAUCAGAUACAUCUUCUGGUUGUCCAUGAAACUCUAAUAGCAAUAUAUGAAGCAACGAAGUUGGAGUGUCUUAAGCAUUGGCUUCCACGAGAAUCCAGUGGUCCAAUUACAGAUGCAACGUAUUCAUGCGAUAGCCAGUCCAUCUUUGCGAGCGUUGAGGAUGGAAGUGUGUACAUUUUGACUGCCAAUACACUGCGAAUAAGGUGCCGCAUUAGCCCUGCUGCCUAUCUACCUGCUAAUCCAAGCACGAGGGUACAUCCGGUGGUUGUUGCUGCUCAUCCAUCUGAACCUAAUCAGUUUGCCGUUGGACUUACUGAUGGUGGAAUCCAUGUUCUGGAACCACCAGAAUCAGAGGGGAAGUGGGGUACUGCACCUCCAGUUGAAAAUGGUGCUGGGCCAAGCGUUACCUCAGCUGGUGGUGCAAUGGAGCAGGAGUCAAGGUAGCUAACAGUUAACGGUGACAGAUUCUAUUGUUUGUCUAGAUGAAGAAGAGCUCAGUUGGUUGGAACCCAUUUUAUUUUAGGGGAAGCUGCAAAUAUUAGGUUAAUGGUAUAUAGGGUUUAGGGACUGAUGCAGAAAUACUUUUAGACGAUAGGUUGAUGUCGAUCUGUGAUUGUCUUGGGAAUUCCCUUCAUACACACAGCAAACAAAAGGUAGACAUGUUUGAUACUAUACAAAGAGGUGAAAUGAUUAGGGAGAGCAGAGCAGAGCAGUUUUAUUAGGGCUAACUUUGGAGAAUUUUGUCUCACUGUUGUAUACAGAAUAAUGAUCAACCAUUUCGGAGUAUUGUUCUUUUUUCCAGUUAGUGAAAUUUGCUUUUCUUUCUUUCUUUA